AUGGAUUCUAAAGCCUCACUGGGCCUGCACUGGCUGCCAUCACCCUCCAACUCUCUGUUUGCCUCCUCUCCAUGUCUACAAGUCCAAAAAUCAGCAAAGUCCUCCAACACUUCCCUGCCAGACAAAUUACCAGACCAACAAGUGCUUGAAGAUCUCAAGGCAGUAUUAAAAGCAAGACUGGACCUUAAAGAUAAUCAAGAUGACUUGAGCCUGGGGCGCUGUGCAGUCAUUCUCGACGCUCUUCAAAAUCCUCAACCAAACACAUUUGUAAUCACCAACGUCAGACCUGCGGAGUACACUGUAGUCUUAGCAUUUAUAUCGGAGGAGUCAGAUUGUGGGAUCAGAGCAAAGUUCAACUACUUCGAAGACACGCAAGAGCUUCAAAUCAUGACCCCACUCCCUAUCCACGAACAACCAGGCUCGCAUCUCUUCAAGGCUGUCGCUAAGUACACCGAUGUCCAUCCGCCGGACUCAGACGCUGAAAUAGAGAUUCCAAGACCCGUCAACAAAUGGGUAGGCGAAUGCGGGUUGUCAUCCGAUGAUAAUAAAUGGGAUAGAUGGCAUCAACCAAAGGAAGAUAGCCAUGCAAGUAAAGUCCUUCGUGCAGGCCCCACCAUCGACUACGAGGACUUCAUCCCUCGUCGAAUCAAGAAGUCGCUGAAGUUUGGGCCGGUCACCAUCCACUCACAUGUCUGGAUCGACGUGAGCGAGGUCCGGUACACUGUGUUCAAGCGUGGCGCAGACGGUCAUUUUGACUUCAACAGCAAGAACUUGGAGACGUUCGCUGAAGGGACUGUCUACCCUAAGAUAAAGAUGGAUGACAUUGAGUGCAUGUUAGGUGGGGUUGCUGAGAGGUUGAAAGACUAUAUCGUAUCACUGAUGGAGGGGAUGGGGUUAGAAGAGUCUUCGAUCCGGAGUGCACACAAGUCUCAUCCUGUGUGGGAUCCCAUGUGGGAGGCUGCUGUGAACCAGAUCUCUACUGCUGUGUAUCUUACAGCAUACUGCCGCUACGUGGAUUGGCACCACCACAAGUACGAAAAGCGCAAGUUAUCGCAUCAAGCAGUCACUCAGGCUACCACUACUACUUCCGGCACUUCGCUCUCAUCAACCGAUCCAACAGCUGGGUCCUCAUCUGACCCCACUACUUCAUCCUCAUCUGACGAGCCACACACGCCCUCCACCGGAUUAUCGGUUGAUGUCGAACUUGAACGUGCAGUGAAGAAAGCGAAGGUUGGCGACGACAAGUCUCCCGAGGCAAAGGCGAAGAAGUCUAGGCCCAAGAAAGGAAAGGGAAGGAGCCUCUAG